AUGGAGAUGGACGAUGAAUCAACUCUCAAGGAUAUGAAUACAACGGACCUUCCAGGAUCAUCUCGUCACGAAUUCCAACAACAAAAACGUAAAUUGUCAACGUACACCGAAACAAUCAAAGAGAAGAAACCAGCUCUAAUAGGUCGUCCAUCGAUGAAUCAUCAGUCACAGUUAGCUGCUGAUAUUCACUCGCAAUCGUCAUCCAGUCAUAUCCGUGACAAUAAUAAUUCUCAGAAUCAAAUCAAACCACUUCCCGAAUGUGAAGGUCUAUUACGCCGAUUAAACAAUGCCAACUGCGGGUCAUCAAUAGGUAAUGUGGACUAUUUACCGCAUAUGGUUGAUAAUGGCUGUAGUGGUGAUGAAUAUACACAUAUUGAUAGCAAUGAUAAAGAGACGUAUCGUAUCGAUUCACCGAUAUCACCGGAAGAGGACGAAGCGAUUGAAGAUGAACGGGCUAGAGAGAAGAAUUUUGAGGUGGUUAGUAGGCAGGAAGGAGUGAUUGAUGACGAGCAACUUGUUGACGAUACGGGUGAUGGUAUCUGUAGAUACGACGAAGACGUCAUCAAAUGGGUCGAUAUUUUUAAGAGAAUGCCUCAGUCGAAACAAAUGGAAGCACUGACAGAAUUGGUCGAUGAAUGCUCUCUGAGUCAUGUUCGGCAUUUGCAAUCCGUCAUCGAACCGUUCUUCCAAAAGGACUUCAUUCGUGAUCUUCCCAAAGAGAUAGCACUUCACGUGAUGAGUUUUCUAUCGGCUCCCGAUAUAGCACGUAUCUCGUUAACGUGUCGUUAUUGGCGUGCAUUAGCAGAAGACAAUCGCUUGUGGAAGGAGAAAUGUGAGGAGAUCAAUGUAACUGAAAUGGAGAAACCGAGUGAGCGGCGUAAUGGUGCAUGGGCCGAGACAGCGUGCACGAGUGGUAUCGAGGUGGUUGGUUACCGUGCGGCACACUCUGAUCGAUACGCAUUCGUUCAUGAAUGUCAUCCUCAUAUUCAUAGACUCUACACGGAUGUCGAUGAUGGACCAAAGAAUGUUUGUUUAGCAAGAUCAAAAUGGAAGGCGAUGUAUUUGCGGCAUCAGCGUGUACAAGCGAACUGGCGGUCAAGACCGUUGACAGGGUCGUGUAUCUUGAAGGGCCAUGAAGAGCACGUGAUCACGUGUCUUCAAAUUCACGGUGAUCUCAUCGUGACUGGUUCAGAUGAUAACACUCUUAAAGUAUGGUCUGCGAGUAAAGCCAUUUGUCUACAAACGUUAAUUGGUCAUACUGGUGGUGUAUGGUCAUCGCAAAUGUCCGAAUGUGGUUCGAUAAUCGUAAGUGGCUCAACAGAUCGGACCGUACGUGUGUGAUUGGUGUCAGGCUCGAGAGAUACAACAAUUCGGGUGUGGGACAUCGAGAACGGUGUGUGUAUCCGUGUUUUGCAUGGACAUGUUGCGGCAGUUCGUUGUGUUCAGUUUGACGGUAGUCGUAUCGUGUCGGGCGCUUACGAUUAUUGUGUUAAGGUUUGGGACGCAGAAACGGGCAGUUGUUUGCAUACGUUAACUGGACAUAGCAAUCGUGUCUAUUCUUUAUUGUUUGAUAGCGAACGAGAUAUUGUGGUGAGCGGGAGUUUGGAUACAACAAUCCGCGUGUGGAAUAUUCGUGAAGGGAUUUGCACUCAGACACUCAUCGGACAUCAGUCACUCACAUCGGGUAUGCAGCUGAGAGGGAAUAUUCUCGUGUCGGGCAAUGCGGAUAGCACGAUCAAGGUUUGGGAUAUAACCGAUGGUCAGUGUAAAUAUACACUGUCGGGACCGAAUCGUCACGCAUCUGCAGUAACGAGUUUACAGUUUCUUGAAAAUGGUCUUGUUGCGACGAGUAGUGAUGAUGGUUCUGUGAAGUUGUGGGACGUUAAACAAGGUACAUUUGUUCGUGAUUUGAUUCGGCUUCGGUCGGGUGGCUCAGGUGGUUGUAUUUGGCGUUUGAAGUCAACACCGACAAUGCUAGUUUGUGCGGUUGGAUCUCGAAAUGGCACUGAGGAUACGAAAUUGAUUCUGCUUAAUUUUGACGCUGAUUACCCGUGA